UGCGCCGAAGGCUGAUAUUUCUGGUGACCUGCUUCCUGAUCAUCUUUUCCCUCGGUCAAAUAUAUCAUUUUUGUAUUUUGUAACUCUUUUUUUUUUAAAUCACAUUGAUUAAUUACACCAAACGUUCAGGGUGCACAUCAACUAAGCCUCGAGCCACAUUUGUCUACGGACCGAUCAAGGGUAUCCCCAAGUAUAAUCGAACGUAUUGAUUAUGCAUUUAAAAAUAAACGCUUAUCGACUGUUCAAGAAAAAAAAUAGAAUAUAUGUAUAUAUUGGUUGUGGAGCUAAUUUGUUAUAUUUACAGGAUAUGGAGAGACUCGCUGCUUAAUACCACCCAACAAGGAGAGUACGAUACGUGCAAAGAAAUGCGUUUAAAAAAUUAAACCGGGACAUUUUGUCCUUUCUCGACUAGGAUGCUACGUUACAAGAUUCUUGCGAGGGGAAAAAUACUUUGACUUUAAAGAUUCACCGCUCUCGGUGGAUAUUAAAAAUCAAAGUGCACGUAACGCCGUGAAUGACGCUCGAACGAACCCGACUGCAUUCGCCGGAUUGAUAUUUCCAACGCGUCGAGGGCAUCGCGAUUGACCCGAUAUCGAUUUCAAAUCGUUUUCCCUUUCAUCAAAUUCAAUUGUUUGUUUUUAUCAGGUCGUCCCAGUAGCUCAAAGGAGAUUGGAUUCCGAGGGAAAGAGAGGAAGAGCAAGGGAGAGGCUCGGCACGGGGGUUGUGGUAAUUGCGCGGUGGACCGUUGGAAAUUCUCCUCCACCAAAGCACCAGUACAUCGUCGCACCUUCUUCCUGAAGACUGGUCACUUCGACCACGCAAAUCCGUUCAGCCUCCAAUAAUAACCGGACGGCAGUUUCCCAAUAACACCCCGUAAUAAUCCGUUUAAUAAUUCGGAUUUGUUAGACCACGAGUUCGAGACAGUGGACAAUCGUCGAGUUCAUUCCCGGUCGUUGCAUAGAUAGAUUUGUCGUACGUCUCUUUGUUAGGAAAAUAUUAGUAGCAACGAAAGAAAGGUCUUCGGUUGCAGAAUGUCGACUCGGAACGGACAGUUCGUCGCGGAUAUAAAUUCCGGAAAAGACUUGUCGCCGGAUGAAGUCUCCACGGUGGAGGGAGUCAGAGCGAAGUCGACUUUGUCUCGAGGUGCGGAUCCUGCCAGUCUUUACGGCCGUCGUAUACAGCUACCGCAGAUGUUGGUAUUAAUUUUCAUUCCGAUUCUGGUGCUGAGCAUUCAGACGUGCGGCACGUUCUGCGACAUCCUCGCCUACAAGCAGGAGAUGACCGAUUUGGAAACUCAGAUAACGAGAGCGGCCCAGCUGGACAUGUUGAUCACCAGGAUACAGCUGGAACGAUUGGAAGUUGCGCUUUUGAUUUACAUCAACGGUAACUCUUUCAGGUCUAAUUUAACGCAGCGAUUCAGGGCCACCAACAAGGUUCUCGAGAACUUACCAACGUGGUCCAUGAUCACCGUAACCGAUUACAAGGAAGAAAAUCAGAUCUUAAAAGCGCCCGAUAAAAUUGUCCUGGAAGCACGACUCGACAAUUGCAGAGAGAAACUCGAGACCACGAGGAUCAACAUGCCCGACGUGACGGAAUGUUACAACGGGAUAAUCGCGGACAUGUUGAAUUACCUUACGAAGCAAAUCAAAGAGACGGAUAACACGGGAGUAUGGAGGUACUUGGUGGCACUGAAGAAAUUGCUGUGGAGUUUGGAGUACCUGGGAAUAGCAUCGGUGGAUGGUAUCAAUUAUUUUGCAAAUGGUGUCCUUGCGAGAGACCUGCACGUCCAUUAUGUUCGAUACGAUACCCUGAGUCGUGAUCUUCUGACCCUGUCCCUGACCGUCGUGCCAUCCCUGAAGCCGCUCUACGUUGAACUCACUCGUACGAUGCUCAACUACGGCAGACUGAAAAUGAGGAGAGACGAAAUCCUUCGCAACAAGAAUCGACAGCCAAGUGUGGACGAUACGGUGGCGUACUUUGAGACACUGGCAACAUACACUGACGAACUUCGCAAGCUUCAGCUGGAGUUACAUCAUAAUGUAAGAACGUACGUGAACGCGAUACUUAAAGAAGUGAGCAGUAAGGAAGGCACCAACAUUGCUAUAGUCGUCUUACUGCUUAUAGUAGCACCCGUUACCGUCAUUCUCGUCCGCAAUGCCGUCGAAACGAUUAAGAUGCACGCAGCCAACCUGGCCCAGAAGUCUCGAGAACUUAAACGAGAGAAGAAAAAAAGCGACACGUUGCUCUUUCAAAUGCUUCCACAGAGCGUAGCGCAACAGUUAAAACAAAUCCAGCAAGCCCCUGCCGAGUACUACGAAGCUGCCACCGUGUACUUCAGCGACAUCAUAGGUUUCGGAAGCAUUACUGCCGAAGUUUCGCCCUUCGAGGCAGUAACGCUUCUCAACUCGAUCUACAAGCUGUUCGAUUCACGAAUUGACUGUUACGAUGUCUACAAGGUGGAAACCGUCGGGUGCUCGUACAUGGUUGCAUCUGGUGCUCCAAUCAGGAACGGGGACAAGCACGCCUCGGAAAUUGCCACGUUGGCUCUGGACUUGCUAUCGGCGUCGUCGUUCUUCCAAAUACCGAAAAGGCCUGGCGUGCACAUUCAACUGCGCAGUGGGGUACACACUGGUCCAGUGGUAGCUGGAAUAGUUGGAACGAAAAUUCCAAGGUACUGUCUCCUGGGGGACACCGUGAGCACCGCUAGUUUCAUGGAGACCACCGGCGAAGCCUUAAGGAUCCACAUCAGCCAGGACACGAAGAAGAUCCUGGACUCCGUGGGAGGGUUCAACACGGAGCGGCGAGGCCUGGUGGACGUAAUGGGUAAGGGGUUCCUGGAGACCCACUGGCUGAUCAGCAAGGAAGGAGGAAUCAUCGGCAUGAACGACCUAGACAUGCCGACUUCCUUCGAGGACGUUCGACCGGUUUUCAUGCGUCGCCUUCGCGAGGAGGGCACGCUCUGAUGCGAGCC